UAGCCGAGCAGGGAAGCGGCGACGGAGAAGGAGAGAGAUGGCAGCAGUGGAGGACGAAAAGAGAGGAGAGGAGGCGCUGGAGCGGCUGAAGGCGGCGGACCCGCCUCUAUACCUCUCACCAUCAACGGAGCUCUCCCAGGUCGCCCGCGCCGCCGCCCGCCACCUCUACUCCGCGCUCCUCCCCUUCUGCCCCAAAGCCCCCGUCGAUCGGCUCAUCGCCGAUGAUGGCUUUGACGCCGAACAGAUCUGGUACCAGAUCGACCUUCUCUCCCGCCCCCUCGUCUCCACUCUGCGACGCGAGGUGAGGAGGCUGGAGAGGGAACCUCCCGAAGUGCUUCUGCUCGCCGGAGGAAAGGCGGCGGCGGAGGCGGUGAAGGGAGGACAUGGAGAGGAAGGUGAAGAGGAGGAGGAGGAUGACGAUGGGGAGGAAGAUGAGGAGGAAGAAGACGCGGUUGCGGCGGAGGAGGAGGAGGAAGACGGACGGGAAGAGGAGGAGGACGAAGAAGAAGAAGGGGAAGGGAAGGGGCAAGGGGUGGAGGAUCGUUUUCUUAAGAUAAAGGAGUUGGAGGAAUAUUUGGAGAAGAACGAGGAAGAGGAGUAUUGGCAACCGGAAAGGAGAAAAAGAAAACAAAAGAGGGAUGAGGAAGAAGAAGAGGGAGAUGAGGAAGAAGAAGAGGAGGAGAAUGAGGAGGAUGCAGAUGAGGCUGAUUUGGAGUUGGGAGAUUUUGAUGAAGAUGGCGAUGAAGAAACAGACUUAUAUGAAAAUGCAAGAUAUGAAGAUUUUUUUGGAGGUAAGAAGAAAAGAGGAUUAAACAAGAAAGAUGGUGGCAGAAAGAGAGAAGAUUCAGAUGAAGAUGACUUAUCUGGUGGGUCAGAAGACCAGAAAAUGGAUGAUGAAAAUAUUGAUACUCUGAAUAAAAAUAAUCUUUCCACUCACGAGAAAGAGCUACAGCAAAUUCGCUCUAAAAUAGAGCAAAUGGAGAAAGCAAAUUUGGAACCCAAGUCAUGGACAAUGCAGGGAGAGGUUACUGCUGCCAAAAGGCCUAUGAACAGUGCACUUGAGGUGGACCUAGAUUUUGAGCAUAAUGUGAGACCUGCUCCAGUAAUAACGGAAGAAGUCACAGCAACCCUUGAAGAUCUGAUCAGAAAAAGGAUUAUGGAGGGACAUUUUGAUGAUGUUCAAAGAGCUCCUGUUUUACCAUCUAAAGCACCAAAAGAAUACAAAGAACUGGAUGAAAAUAAGAGCAAGAAGGGUCUUGCUGAAAUAUAUGAGGAAGAGUAUGCACAGAAGACAGGUCUAGCUCCUCAGCCUCUUUCGGUUUCGGAUGAACAGAAGAAGGAGGCAAGUAUUCUAUUUAAGAAGCUUUGUUUGAAGUUGGACGCACUGUCACAUUUUAACUUUGCCCCAAAACCGGUUAUUGAGGACAUGUCUGUACAAGCAAAUGUGCCUGCUCUAGCAAUGGAAGAGAUUGCACCUUUGGCAGUCUCAGAUGCGGCCAUGCUUGCUCCUGAAGAAAUAUUUGAAGGAAAAGGUGACAUCAAGGAAGAGGUAGAGCUAACACAAGCGGACCGAAAGAGAAGGAGAGCUAACAAGAAAAGAAAAUUCAAAGCUGAGAUGACUAAAAGAGCACGUCAAAGUGUAGACCCCAGUCAUCCCAGUGGCAAGCAAGAUUCAUGAGCCGUGACACCUCUGGGAAACAAACCUCAUUAGAAACAUAGGAUUGAUUAAUGACUGCACUAUGUUGCAUUAUUGUGCUUUAGGCCGUCCAGGCCUUCUUUUAAAAAGCUUGCAAUCAGGACGCCUUCAGAGCCUCCACCUCGUAAACACAGCAAAUCAAUGCCUGUCCGUGUCAAGAGUUGAGGCAUGAGUUUGUAUUUAUUGUCAAAUGUGCUUGGAGAGAUACGGAGUUUGCCCAAAGAAGAGGCCAAGUCAUCAGCUACCUUGUGCCUUUUGCUCGCAAGCCUUCCAAGGAAGAACAAAAAAAAAACAGCCGCAAUUUAUUCUUCUACUCUCAGCAUACUUGCAGUUUUGUUUCCUGAAGAUGUUCAAGAUCAUGACUUCUGAUUCAUAGAUUUAUAAUAUAAAAUUUUGAAUAUUUUUGGAGCAUGAAGAAUCCUGUUUCAAGUAGGCCCCAAGUGAAUAAACACUUUGUAUACCUUUGUCGAUCUGAUAGUAACUUGUGCAUGAUUAUACU